CAGAAUUAUUACCAGUCGUGUAGGCAGGUAGAUUUCGUCGCUUUGCUGAAUGAAAUUUAUUUUUCUUUAUUGGUUUUCUAUACGAUAAUGAUAUUAGAUCGUUGAAAAUAAUACAUGUAAAGGCGUAUUAUUUGUUUAAACUACGAAUGGACGUCAGUUACACAAUAUAAAAGUUAAUUAAACUUCUGUAAUGGUGCUUAUAACGUUUUCGGUGAUGAGAAAUGGAGAGACAGCAGUGUAAUACACUUCAAAACUUUGAUGACCCGAAAACAGAAAUUUUAAAAAAGAGGCUAUUAAAGGCGAGCAGCACCUCAACAAGCAGUAACUUAUCUCAAAGUAACUCCCAUAAUGUGCUAUUAAACACGUUACGCGCGCCAAGCUCGAGCAGUAUGAUCGUAUCCUCGGUGCAAGCGCCACAAAACUCAAUGCCAAUUACUCACAAUCUUGUGACACAUUCUAUAGCCCCCGUCAAAAUACACACUAACAAUUCCCCGUACCCCUUGCAGCUUUCUACAGUCCAUGUGCCUGUCCAGAUACCAGGUUCCACUUCUAAUAUAAAUGUCCCGGUUCAGCUCUCUAGCACUACAACUAGCAUGCCUCUACAAAUAGCUCCGGUUAGUCUCCCUCUGCAAGUUUCUGGUACCACUAGUGUGCCCGUCCAACUGCCAGCUGGGGAUACUAUCAAUGUACCAUUGCAGAUUCCAGCCUCUAACCAAAACAUUCAGUUGGGUGGCUCCAGCUUACCGUCUAUGCCUCUUCUUCAAACCACCGCCCAGCCUCUUCACAGCUCCAUAAUCCAUGUACAUAUGGGUAACCGAGAUGGCACAGACAUGAAUCUUUCCAACACACAGCUCCAAAUGCCAGAUUCUGUCAAAAUGAACAUCCCAACGUCCGUAGCUCAAAUGCAAAUGGGAUCAAAUUCCGCAGUGAUGCAGAUACCUAACUCAUCCAAUAACUCAAUACAACUCACCCUACCCAACUCCGGAAACACUGCUCCGGUUACAUUACGAGGUGCUGCCAGAAGUGUUCCUCAUGUUGUUUACAUUCAGACACCAACAGGAUUGAAACCUGUGACCAGCACGGAAGUGAUAAGUCAGGCCAGCACCAGCGGCAAUCCACCACAGAUCAUUGUUCGGAGACCUGUAACAAACAACUCAAACAUACAUUUGAUAUCAAAUGUUAGCAGUAAGCCUAACAUCGCACCCAAAGUGGCGGGUCAACACAAGUCUUCUAUAUUAGCCCCAGCCAACUCGGCCCAACCUAUAGUCAUCCAGAAACCUAAAGCCACGGAUAAAAUGAUGGUGCCUGUCAGUAUAGCCCCCGGAGGACAACCCAAACAAGCCAUAGCCUACCUCAGCUCCGUCAAAAAGCCCACCAAGAAUAUAUCAGAGAGCCAAUCCAUCCUAAUAUCUAGUAAUCAAAGUAAUGUGAAUUCAAAUAAUCAAAAAUUAUAUCUUACACCAAUGAAUGUUCCUAAAAUACAGAAUACUAAAUUUAUUUUACCCGUUACUUUACCAGCGACCAUGGCAUCCAAGGGACCCAUAAUAAAUCUUCAGAUUGCGAACGGCCAGAUACAGAAUGACCCGCAAGGAAACAUCACCGUCAUGAGGGACACGACCCUGGAAGCGUCCGACUUGCCGCCACUACAGCCCCUGGCUAAGAUCAUAGCCCUCAACGGCAAAGACAACUGUGUGCCUCACAGCCCAAAGACGGAAAACGGGUUCACGCUCUCCAUCCCGGGGUCGAGGGCGGAGCCCACGGGCGAGCAGGGGGAGUACACGCUCUCCAUACCGGAGACCAACGCCUCGAUGAACGACGACAUCUACACCGUGUCCAUCGCGGACGAAGAAGACGGCCACACCAGGGAACAGUCCUUCACCCUGGCCAUCCCGGAGAAAGGCAAGAGCCUUCUCAACAGGACGGACAUGGUGCCGCUGACCACCGCCGCGCCGGCCAUCCUGAGGCGAUCCAACUCCGACAACAGCGACAGGAAGACGGUUCACGCCAACAUCAAGCGUCGCGUGUCGCUCUGCACCGACAACUCCUCCACCAAGAGUUUUAAGUUCCCGCUGCCGCAGCUCAGGGUCAACAAGGCGGAGGAGCGCGCGGACGGAGACCUCAACGACGACCACAGAGUGCCCUCGCUGUUCUGUGACGAGAAAUUGGACAAAGACUUGGAAGCCAAAGUGAAUCUGGUGGACUCCGACUCUGAAGAUAAGAUGGACGAGAAGCCUAACGACGUCAUCUAUUACCAGAAAAUCAAUUCGUUUGACAUCAACGACGCACGAGGCAAGGCUUACGCGGACCCCACGGAGGAGGAGCUCCCCGGUCUGCUCUGGAACAACGGCAUAGCUCAGCUGAGAGGUAGCAACCUGCACUUCCAGGCUAACGAAUUCGAUCUGAUCGACCUCGUGGACGAGAAGACGCAAAAUGUAGUGGGAAAUUCCAACGUGAAGUAUCACACGCCGUUGAAACAGCGAAUGGAGAGGAACAGGGAUAAGAAACCGACCUCCCCCGAGGACCUGUACCGCUGUGACGGCUGCGGCUGUCACGGGAUGGCCGCGGAGUUCAUCACGCCCAACUUCUGCAGCUCCACCUGCCAGAGCCAAAUGCAGAAAGCGACCCAGAAGAGAAAAGACAAGGAGAGAGCCGAACUGUCCAAGAAGAGAAACAAAAUGAAGAAACUGCUCAUGAGGAAACAACUGUCAGAUUCGGAGCUCAUGCAGGACGGGAAAGACGAGAAAGUGGAUCUGAAGCGGUACGACUCCAUGAACAGCGACCUGCAGAUCUCGGAGGCGACCCUCAUCAAGAUGAGCGAGGAGCUGGCCGAGAACGACAAGUAUCCCUGGAUGUGCGGCAAGAACGGCUUCUCGUGGAUGAGGUACCUGGACGUGUGCAAGGCCAAGGCGGCGCCCGUCAAGCUGUUCAAGGACCCCUUCCCCUACAACAAGAACGGCUUCAAGGUGGGCAUGCGGCUGGAGGCCGUGGACCCCGAGCACCCGGCGCUGUUCUGCGUGGUGUCGGUGGCCGAGGUGCAAGGCUACCGCAUGAGGCUGCACUUCGACGGCUACCCGGACUCGUUCGACUUCUGGGUGAACGCGGACUCGGCGGACAUCUUCCCGGCCGGCUGGUGCGAGAGGAACGGCCGCAGCUUGCAGCCGCCGGCCGGCCACGACGCGGCGUCGUUCUCGUGGCCGUCGUACCUGAAGCGCGUGCGGGCGGUGGCGGCGCCGCGGCAGCUGUACGUGCACGCGGCGGCGCCGGGCGCGCGGCCCGCGGGCUUCCGCGUCGGCAUGAAACUGGAGGCGGAGGACCGCGAGCACGGCAUGGUGUGCGCCGCCACGGUCGCCGACGUGCGAGAGAGGAGGCUGCUCGUGCACUUCGACUCCUGGGACGACGCCUACGACUGCUGGCUGGACCCCGCCUCGCCCCACAUCCACCCCGUGGGCUGGGCCGAGCGGAACGGGAUCGCCAUCACCCCACCCAACUACUACAAGGAGUGCGAGUCGUUUUCAUGGGAGACCUACUUGUCGGAGACCAUGGCGUGUGCGGUGCCGGCGAGGGCCUUCAAAACUCGUCCGCCGGUGCCCUUCAAGCCUGGCAUGAAGCUGGAGGUCGUCGAUAGAAGGGUACCGUUCCUGAUCCGCGUGGCGACCAUCAGCGCGGUGAAGGAGCACCAGGUCCGCGUGUCCUUCGACGGUUGGCCGGACGAGCUGUCCUGCUGGCUGGACGAAGACUCGCCCGACUUGCACCCCGUGGGCUGGUGUCUCAAGACGGGCCAUCCGCUGGAACCGCCGCUCACGGCGGAGGAGCUCCGUAUCCCCGGGCCCUGCGGUGUUGGCGGAUGUCGCGGACUGGGGUCCGUCCACGGCGGGGGUCUCAAGCAGCACGCCGCCGCCUCCGCCUGCCCCUACCGCGGUCAACCGCCGCCCAGACCCGACAGGCUGCAACCACCGACACCCGUCCGCAGAGCGUUAAGCAAGUCCAAAUCGAUAUCGACCAGCACGCCCACGAGCGACGCGCCCAAAGAGAAGCUGCCGCGCGGCCGCCCGCCCAAGCACAAGAGGGUGGAAGCGGUGACCAAGAACGAUCCCGUGUCGGACGACGAGUCCCUGUCCAGCGGGGGCUGCAAGCGGUGGCGUGGCAGCUGCAGCGAGGACAUGCGGGCGCUGCGGUCGGCCUCCUCCCGCCGCCCGCCCUCCACGCAGUCCUCGCACCACCUGCCCAACCACCCCGCGCCCUCCCGCGCACUCCUCGCCAGGCACGUCGCCGACUUGGACCUGCCGUCGGACCCCAGCACGUGGACCCAGAAGGAGGUGUCGUCGCUGCUGUCCCGUCUGGCGGGCGUGGCUGCGGGCGCGGCGUCGUCGGCCGCUCGCCUGUCGGGCACCUCCCUGCUGAUGGCGUCCUGCGAGGAGCUGGUGACGUGCCUGCGCCUCCGCCUGGGGCCCGCCGUCAAGGUUUACGCGGCCGUCCGACACCUGCGCGACUCCCUGUCGUGAUGGGAGCGCUCGCCCGCCGCCCCGGCCAGGCUGCGGAUGCGGUCCGUGCUGAGCGGGUGACGAGCUGUGCGGGUCGAUUGUGAAUAGUUCAGUUCGUAGUCAUUACAACGGAGGUUCAGUGGCUGUGGACCCCUGCGAGUGUGGCCCGCCUGGCGCCGACAGGCGUGGAGCUCGCCGUGUUCGUUACCUUAGUGUGUGAUCAAAUGCUGCCAGUGUCGUAUUCUUGCAGCCGACGGCCGGCAGAGAAAGUCAAUUCCUUGACAAUAUUAUCGCGUAAGCCAUGUAUGAGGUAUGGGACUGGACGGCUCCGGCUGCACAAAAUGUAUGUCAAGGUCGAAGGUUGUGAUUCUAUAUAAUGGGACUGGCAGGGAGCUGGGACCGCGCGGACCCGCACUGCCCCCCGCGUAGUGUAGAGAGGAGAUGUAGGCAGACUUCCUACACACUCCUCAAACUACCGACAUUAGUCAGUGAUGUAAUAUAUAUCAAAGGUUCAAAUAUAUUUUACGGCUAAGGUCGACGGUAACAUGUCCCUCUCUUCUCUGUUACAAGAACUGUCUAAUAAUUUUUACACUAUUGUUAAUGUAAUCGCUGGUGCAGUUCCACGGAUGCCUGACAUGGUGGAGGAUGGAGUGCAGCCUGCGGAAACAGACCAAAGACAGGAACAUGUAUAUAUCAGAGUAUCCCAUUCUUUGGACGAGUCAUAUAUUGUAUAUAGUAUGUAAAGGUUCUGUGCAAUUUAGUGUUGUAGUUAUAUGAUGUACAUACAUGUGGAGUGUGCCGGGGCCUCUGUACACUGAAUGUUACAUAAUGUAUAGGUACUGUUAGGAACAGUCGGCUGAUAUGAGGGAAGGACUGACAGACAUGAACAGCAUAUCAUGGGGAACUUGCACAAAGUUGUCUUAUAUAAGUGGAAUGUUUUGAACGAAUGAUAUUUGUAAUUUAUUAAGCUUGUACAGUGUAAGUUGGGUGCCAGCGAUGUGGCCAUGGGUUGGGUUGUGAGAGAGGUCUCAGUCCGUUCACUGGGUGUGAUGUGUGUGCGGGGUGAGGAGUCCAGCCAGGCCCUCGUUGUAUGUGUAAUGAUAGUGAUGUAUUUUGUUACUGUAAAUGUUUGUACAUGUCUUGUCUAGUUAAAAUGAUAUUUUUUCAGCGGCCAUGUACAGUUAAGUAAUAUUAUUGUAAGUUUUUACACGACUCUUGUGUCAUGAACUGCCAUUUUCCUGGCAUGAAGUAUUCUAAACUGUUGUUCUAAAUUAAAUAUUUUUUUUGAAUA